GACCGGCCGCCCCAUGCGGGCUCCGUCCCCCGCGGCCGCUCGCCGCCGCCCGCGCCGGGAUGGAGGAGCAGGGCAGCCGCCGGCGGCCGCUCCCCGUCCUGCUGCUCUGGGUUAAUGGUCUAAUGACGUUUGGAUUUGUAGGUGCACGUCAACAGACUGAGCUCUGCAAUGAAUCUCUCAUGUUAGAAAAGUUGCCUGCCUGUGGGAAAUUCUUUGAAGAGAUGAUGAAGAAAGUGGACUCAAAAAAGUGGUGCAACCUGACAGAAUUUAUCAUGUAUUACGACAACUUUACCCAGUGCACAGAACGUGAAGCCAACAAUGCAAGUUGUUUUUGGCCAAACCCCCUUGCAGAAGGCUUUAUCACUGGAAUUCAUAAACAAUUCUUUUCAAACUGUACUUCAGAAAAGGUUCACUGGGAAGAUCCACCGGAUGAAAUUCUCAUAACACUGAUCUUGAUCCCAGUCAUGUUGACAUGUGCCAUGAUAACACUGGUAGUAUGGUGCAGCAAGAGAAGUGAUAUCCUGGUCUAAGUUCUUCUUCUGGGCUUUCCUUUUCUUCCUUUCUUUAUUCCCUGAACACUAAGAGAGGAGGACAAAGAGAGGAACUUGGCAUAAAGAUUUCAUAUCUGCUGAAAUGGAACCAGUGAGAUACUGAGAUGCUCCAGUGAAAGAAGAGCUGCUUGCUGCUUCUGCAAGUCACUGCUUCUGCCUUGACCAUGAGUUGCUGGUGGAAAACUUUACUUCCAUCAAGCCUCAUCAGCAUGGAAUUCACAGGCAGCUCCCAGAAACAGGAGACUUCUCAGGCAAAUGGACCCCUUGCCUGCAAAAGGAGUAAAGUUACUUUUCUAUGGGUAAAGCUGGCUGGUAAAGUUUUGCAAAUCUGUAUGUGUGUAAUACUGACUGUGGGGAAAGUUGCAUCUCUUGAGGUUUUGUGCAGGACACUCAAGGUUUUCAUCUGUGACUUGGCAAGAUCACUGGCAAAGGAACUGAUUAACUGGUGAACUGAUUAACCUGGAUGUAACCAGGUGGCAGCUUUUCCUAGAUGUUAGUCAAAAUCAUCAUUAUAAAAACUGGGAAGUAUUGUUCUGGCAAAGAAACAAUUUAUGUGUCCAGUGACUAUCUGCACAGGGAAAUUAUCAUGCCACAUUAUAAAAUAGUUUAUAAAAUUCCUUUAAGCAUGGCUUCUUGGAAUUGUAUGUCUUACAAACAAACUCUGGGAGGAUGUACAGGUCUUACUUUACAGAGCUGGAAAAUGAAAUUCAUUGAUUAUAAAUAUACUAAGGAGUAAUGAAGAAACUUUCAUAUGCCAGACUCUAAUUUUCCUCUUUUAUGAUUAUUUUUCUUGAUGACUUGUGUUCACUGUAUAUUCUCCACAUUCACUUCACUUUGUGCAAGUGAUAGCCUACAAAUAAAUAUAGAGGUGUCAUGUUGAUUGAGGUGCCUUUCAGAGUAUUGUACAUAAAUAAUUCUUUGUCCUGUGAAGAGUGUGGGAACUAAAGUAUGAACAUCAAAACUUGGAAUAGAAGUAAAAGGAGAGAAAAAAUUCAACUCAGAAAUCUAAUUCUGUCAAGUUAUGUAAUAGUUGAAAUAAAGAUCAUAUGCUCAAAACAAAAGAACUUUGUGUUGCAAAUCUUCCUUUCAAAACGUCUUUCAGUCCAGUGCUCUUCUAUGACAAGUGUGCAACGUCUGAUACAAGUGAAUUUUCAUUUUUCUGUACCUUAUGCACACAAAUAAAAUACAGUUGAAUGACCAAGCAAUUGCAUUUAUAUACUUUAUAGUUAGAUUGCCUCCUUUAAGAUUUGGGCUCUGUGUUUGACACUCAGGUCUGUGAGUAUGAAAAGCAUUUCCAUGCUUGAAUCGAAUUAGAAGUGCUCAAUUUACAAGAUUAUUUAUACAUUGCAUAUAGAUAAAUAAAUAACCCCUGUGAGCUGUACUGGUUUGUUUUCAUGUCCUUUCACAACUUGUUUUUUCAUUACGCUAAUGUUGGAAUGAUUCAAUUUCAAAAGUGUUUCCUGUGUGGUUUUCCAGACUCUUCCUCAUUCUCUAGAUGCUAGCAGAAAUUGCUCUUUGUAAAAAAGAAGAGUGAAGUAAUGUACUAAGGAUUUUGGUUGAAUUUUGUAUUUAUCUGUUACUUUCUGUAUUAAAAUGCUUUGGACCACCAAAUCUAGUGGUCAGUUAAAAAGCCCAACCCAUUCAUUUUAUUCAAGUUAUUGUUUGGUUAAGCAUUUUGUGUGGCCAAAACCACGCAGUCUUAUGUUUUAGUCCUCAUUUUACUUAAACUUCAGCAAGCUUCAAAACUUAGAUUUGGAAACCACAUAGCAAAAUUUUUGAGUUUUUGAAAGCCACAUUAAUUUCAACCUAAUUGCUGUGUUUGGGGCAAAUUCUGGACCAUUUUUGACUCAUUUGAAAUUGUGUUCACCUGAUGAACAGGUCACCUGAGAGCUAUCAGUCAGCUUGAUUCAUAAGCUUAAUUUAUAAAAUAAGAUUGGUCUGGAUACUAAGGGAAGAAGAAAGCUUGAUGACUUCAUAUCACCAGAUGUGUACUGUGAUCUUUAAAGAAUGCCAUGUUUAAAAUCUCUAGUUCAAAGAGUCUUUAAAAAUAUAAGAACCAAAGAAGUAGAAAUAGUAGCUUUUACUUCAUGUGCCAUGGAGUAGAAGUAGAGAAUUCUGACACUAGUCUGUGCUUUGGAGGCUAUACAUAAUUGUGUGUCUUCCUUAUCCAAGUUGAUCUUCCAUUACAUUUAUAUAGAUGAAGAAGGGCAGAGAAGUUGAAACUGUGCAUGGGAAACAAUACUGAUUAUUUGAUGUAGCCUCAGUGGUUUAAAUCUGAGAAAUAUUUAUACUGCUUUUAGGAAAAAAGCAGCUGCAGGAGUUAGGUCUUAACAGUUGUGUACAUUAAUAGGGACCCAGAAUGAUAACUGUUGAAUCUUUUGAUAUAGGUUGUACUACGCAUUAAUGAGAGUUAGUGGUGCAUGAACCUUGCUACCUCUCCCCAAAAACCUGUUUCCAUUGGCAAGAAAAUCACAUCUGGUACCAAGAAUCUGGCUCAUUUAUCAAUUUCAAAUUAAUUUGAUGUCCCAACAGAGUUUCAGGAAUAAAGAUAUUCAAAAAGAAAAAAACCAACUUGUUGAAAAUCUUUCCUAGAACUGGAAGAGUGGUUGUUCCCCAGCAAUAUUUAGGCCAAAACAGAAGAGACAGCUAGCUGAGAUUGCUAAUUGCUGUGAGUUCUGGGAUUUUUUGCUUUUGGUAACAACUGGGGAAGUGUGGUUUGUGCCCCUUUUUUGACUGGUGUAGGUGGUGUCUCUUCCUGUCUGAAUGUCAUGUGUGCAUCCUGGCAGCAGGUGUCCACCUGCUGCAAUACAUUGGCUUUUUUGGAAACUGAAACAAAGUAUGAAUUUUGCAAGGCAGCAAGAUGCAGCAGUGCUGGGUAUUAUUUUGCUGAAGUCUUGAUUGUCAAAAGCAUGAGGGUAUUUCAGAAAAUGAAAGGUCCUGAGGUCUGUUUGCAAAGUCUGAGUUCCACAGGAGAAAAAGAAAACAUUGUAUUUUUUUAGCUCAUGGGUGGUUUGGAAGGAUGAGGACAAUUAGUGACUGUCAUUGCUUCUGAAUGCAAGAAGAAUAGUGAUCUCUGUGUACUUUGAGAGAAAUACCUACGUGCAUGCAGUGGUGUCUUAAUACCCAGAAGUGGACAUUAAAAAAGCAAUUGAAUUUUAGUUAAAGAGUCUGUGUUUCAGAACACACUCUAAAAGAAUUUUGAAAUAGGAAUCUGAGCCCUCAGAUAACUCUGUGGAUUUGACAAGAAAAGCAAAUUUUCUGCACAGUAGGAAAUCUGAGGAGCAUUGAGGCUACUACCUUGUCUUUGGCUGAACUCUCAGCAGAACAUUUUGAAAGGACACAAAUUGUAAUGGUGCAUAAUAGGCAUAAUCUGUCUACACCAACUGCGCUGAAACACUUGAGGGGGUGGAGGCAGACCCAGGUGGUCACAGGCAGCAUAAAGGUACCACCCUGGAGCUGCUGUGAGAGCUAACUGCUGAGAAGUGUCUGGAGACACAUCAAUGUGGUGCCAGACUCGGUUUUGAGGGAUGUGCCUUUUUGUCUUGCACAGAAACCAUGACUAAUGUGAUGGCCUGACUGCUGGAAUGGAAACAGCUUCAAAUGAGUCUGUAGAAUAUGUGCCUUUGUAGAGUUUCCUGGGAGUGUGUGUAUACAGACAAGACUACCAGGCUACUGUUCUUUUUUUUUUCCUUUGGAACUUGCAGGGAUGGCAGCAGCAUAGCUGGAAUUACUCCUUAAGAUUUGACAUUCAUAUAUAACUGAGUUCUGUCUAAAUCCUUCAUGGUGGGAUAUUUUUUCUUUUAAAGUGUUUUGCAUCUGGGGUGUAGAUAUCUACAUGAGAUAGGGUCUCAUGCUUCGUUUUCAUCUCAUUAUAAGGGAGACUCUUGGUUUUGAUAAGAUUAAUGACCAGAAAUGCUCUCAAAAGACCAUCAAAUGGAUCCUAGUGACAGUUUCACUGUAGGCUCAGCUACAACGUAGUAGAGAUCUAAAUUACAGAGGAUGUUAAUCAUGCGCCAGGUACCUUAGACCUCUGUUCUUCAGUGCCCUGUCUGAGUAGGGAAUAAUCUCAGAAGGAUGCUAUGAGAAUAAGAAUGUGAAUGAUCACAAAUUACUUAAAGAACACUGAGUUGAAGAACAUACUUAUAACAAUCUAAUGAUUCAAAAUGACAGCAAUUAAAAAAAAUGGGAAAUAACAUGGGGGGAGAAUUUUCCUGAUUCAGCCUAUUUGGCUGAUUGUUUUUCUUUGUUGUUUAUUCUUUUAUUUACAAUUAUUCUUUUUUUUUUUUUUUUAAAUUAAUGGCCUAGAAGGGGGAAAUAAGGAGCCUGUACCUGUUAAAGCAGAGCUCUAAGCUUCUGAAAAGUGUCAUUAUAUUUCUCAUCUAUGAUUAACAUUAACAUGGAUCUUUUGUCAUCUUCAUUCUCCUGCCGCUCAGAACUGCAGGAGAAUGCAAUUUUUGCUUGACAGUUUCAAAACCAUUAAAGAUUAAGAAUGACAACAGUGGAAGCUUUUUUACACAUAGCUGCUUAAAAGUGAAAUAUGUUGAGUGACUUGGAAGCUAACUGAACUAUUCCUGGUGAGCACACCAGGGAACUGCAUAGAUGUAGAGACAGUGAGUGGGAACACAGAUAAUUCCACUGACACAAAUCACUUCAAAUCCUAAGAAAUGAUGAUAUAUUUAAUUACUCACCUCAUAAAAACAACCUUAUCUUAUAAGGUUGUCUUGGAGAAAACCUACUUAUGUAUGUAAAUAUGUACCUUAUUUCUCCCUUCUCUUCAACAGGACUGUAGCAUAACUGCAAGGGGAAUAUGCUGCUGUUUUCCAGCUAAUAGUUGUUUUAUGCAUUAUGGAGACUCCAUGACUGAGUGUGAGUGGCGUAUCUGCUCAAUAUUUGAUGCAUAAAGAAAUUCUACAUAAACCAGAAAAUGUUAUGUGGGUGCCUAUCACUACAAAGAGGAAAUCCCACUGGUUUAUGUGCACGAGAAGCGAUUGGAGUCACGUAUGAGCACAGAUCCAAGCUUCAUAAGAGCCAAGACAUUGGGGAGACCGACUGAUACCUGUCUUGGAGUGUAUCUGUGUCUGAUUAGACUCCUGUACCACCAAAAUAUUCAGAUUUUGAUAGAUUAUAUUGGUCAAUUGUUGUACAAGCAAAGAUACACAUUUUAUGAGACCUGAACAAGCAGGUUGUUUUGUUAGGAACUUGGAUAGGAACUAAAUUUGAAAGCAGUUGCACAUUCAGUCAUUCUUAUUUCAAAUUACUGAAAUGAGAUUACUUUCUUUAAGGUCAGCAUGGAUAAUUUUUCAAAGAUAUGAAGAUAGUUACACAGACAACUGGUAUCUUACUUUCUGUUUUGUUUUUGAUGAAAAUACUGGACACAGUUAUGUCAGAGUCACAGUCUGAGCCAGCAGACCUGAAGGAAUAUUAUAGUCAGAUUAGAAAGGAAAUUUUCUUAGUCCUAGUGGGGCACUGUAGUAGAGUGCUGCUUGAGGCUAUCUGGAGUCACUCUGCAGACUGGAAAGUCUCACCUGGAAAGACUUGAGUUUGCUGUGUUUUGACAAAGGGAAUGAUUUUUAAGGACAACUGUUAGUAAUUGAGGUUACAGUUUAUAGAAGCGUUAUAGGAUCAGCAUCUUAGAGACCUGUGCGCUGGGAUCUCUGUGCUGGGAUUUUGAAUGAGUGCAUUCCCUCGAAUUUGAGUCUCUAAGGAGAGAGAUUUGCUUAGAGUAUAACAUUUAUGAGGUGGUUGGAAUGAAUUUUGCUGUCAGCAGGGAGUGAAUCCCAGUUCUCUUGGACUGCCUAAUUUGUCCCAGUUUAUUUUAAAGUGAAGAGCUCUGCCAGUAAAUGUUACCCUUCUUAAGAAUUAAUCUGGGCAUUAAAACUACUUUUCAAAACAUUUGGAGAAAACCGGUAUUAGACAAUCAUGUUGGCAGAAUAUCUGCAGACUAUCUUUUUUUUUCUGUCUUUCAACAAUUUGGUUUUUCUAGCAAAAAUAACAUGUUUUAGGAGUACUUUCUUGAGCAGAGUAGCAGAACUAGCAGUCCUUUCUAAUAAUUAAAACCUUAAUACUUAACACAAAAUGCUCUCAUAAAUCUACUACAUAAACUUUGAUUUUCUUAUGCUCUUUUCAGGAAAAGAAACCAGUAAGUGUAAUUUCAGUACUUCAGAUGUGGUGCUUGAUCACUGGAUCCUCUCCAUCUGCAUGCUGUAUAUAAUCUGAAAUAAUUACGAAAUUAUUUUUGUUUAGCUGCAGAAAAUGAAGAAAAAUGUUUCUGACUCUGGCUGCGUACUUUGGUAGAUUAUAAAACUGAUAGAUAUGGUAUUUUCUGUAAUAUAUGGUACUGUCAGUGUAUACUCUAGGGUAACAGUUUAGAAAUACAAACCAAGGGCAGCAUUAGGUCACAAAUAUUUCUAAUACUGCAAAAGUGUACUAAUGAAACAGGAGGGUUUUGCUGAGGAAAAAAUCAACAUUAUAGUAUUUGCUUACAUAAAAGAGCCAAUAUGAUAGUUUAUGAUGCCAGUUGAGGUUUUCAUUAAAGAAUGAAACCCAAACCUUGGUAACCAGCAAGAAUACAGUUAGACGAACACUUGGAAAAGCAAAGACCAGAUCUACAUCAGCUGCAGGAGUUUCCCAAAUGUACACAAUGUUUGAGUUUUUUGCCCUGCUACGGAUUGCUAUGAUUACUUGUCCUGGGUUCCAGAAGUUUUAAGAACAUCAAAUUCAAGAGAAGAAACACAGUUAAUCAAGUAAAAUUUAUAAAACAGAGCAAUUUAAGUAAUGUGUAUUCCAGAGACCACAGUGCAAUUCUGCAUUGAAAAACCCACAUUGCUCAUCAAGUUUUUUAUCACUUAAGGCUGGCAAAUGUGAAAUUUUUGAUUUCACUUGCUUAGAGCUGGGUCAAUUGUAUAGGUGCAAACUCUGUUUUCCAUUCUCUAGUAUGGUAUUUAUAGAGCAUUAUUAUGAACAUGGUAAUUUUCUGCCAAUGUACUUUUGGUAAGAAAUCAGACUUGGACUCCCUUGCUUUCAGGGGAGUAACAAAACGGGUCAGCUCUCUGUCUGGAGACACAAGGUGUGCUUUUUGGUGCAAUUAAUAUCACUCCAAUUGCCAUGAUGAGAAAUUUCAGGGAAAAGUGUGGUAAGAAGUAGAGCAGUGCCUCCUUUCUGUUGGGCUCAAAUCUCUUUGAGCCCAAUCACAAGGAUGUGUUGCAGUCUGGAGAAUUCAAAGAACAAGAACUUUCCUCUUGGACCACAGCAUGUGAUCUUAACAGUCUCCUUUAAUCAGGUUAACCUUCAUUUUAGCUCAAUGGCUUUAAAGAAAUGUCAGUCAAACAUUUUCUCCACCACUGCAUUUCUUAAUUCUCUUUAAUUCUUAGGGCAGUCUACAGAGUCUUAAAAAUUUUUGCCCUUCAGAAAUACACCAAGAAGCAAUUAAGAUUCCUUUGAAAUGUUGCUGGUGUUUAUAAAUGUUAGCAAAUGGAAAAUAUUGCCUAUUUCCUUUUAUCUUGACUUAUAGAUAGGUUAGAAAGGUGCAUAUAAGGAGAAGUAAAAGGUAACCGAUGUAUUGUCUUGAGAAAAAAAUGACAAAGUUUUUAGAUGAAGUAAAACUUGAAAGACAUUUUACAGUACCGUUAACAUGUGUGGUGUCAAAAAUCAUAUAAUCAAUCUAAGUAUUCAUUUACAUUUUUAUUAUAUUUGUAAAAUUAAUUUAUGCAGAAGUUACAGACGGACGUUUUCCCUUGGUUUCUAAAUUUUGCCAGUAUAAUAAAGUAUAUUGUACAAAGAUUUGGUAACGCAAGUCAGGACACAUAGGAUGAAUUUGUCAUACUCAUAUUCUUUUGUGCCCAAAGGUAUUAUUAAAAUCAAAGUGUUUAGAGAAGAAAGGCAAAUGCAGCAACCAAUUGGACCACCCAGCUCACAGACAAAAAUAGAGCAUAAUUCUCUUUUUUGAAUAUGUACUAUUCUUGCUCAUGGGGAUACAUAGUUGGAGGGAAAAAUGUGGCUGUUGUUUUCCCAAAUGUUUGUUAUAAAUGGAAUGCACCAUUUACUGUUCUGUAAAGCACUAUCCAAAGUCAAAGCCUUGGAAUAAUAAUAAAAAAAAAUACAAUUCA